AUGGGGGCAAGUGAGACGCGCAGACAAGCGAUUUCAUACAAACGGACAGUGAUUGAAUCCUUUUUGGAGGCCAUACGAAAUGUUCAUCGGCUUGGGCAAUUCGACGGUGUCGAGAGAAACCUCUACAAUCAAGGAGACGCCGACACUAGCCAUAGCAUGGAAACCGCUGUGGACGUGUUGCAAGAUAUUCACGAACGUUGGCUCGAGGCAUAUCAAGCGGCAGAUCGCCCGGAUGAUGCGUUUAUUCCGGCUACUAUAACUGAGGUGAGGAGGGAGUGGCAACAGCGCAGAGAUGAACGGACGCAACUCAUCGAAGACAUCCCUGCUGCAUUAGUUUAG